AUGGACAUUCAUCAAGGUGCAAAUAGUGGUUGGAAUUUCAAAAACAUCCCAAAACAACUCAAUGUAUCCGGUGCAUCAACUUCAGCUUUCUCUGUAAACUCUGCUCCUCUUUCUGACAGAACAAAUGCUACUUCUGUCACUAAUACGCCUUGCUAUCAUCAAACAAUAAAAACUUCUCACAUCAACAACAUAUAUGAUUCCAAUCUUCUCAGUUCCACACCUGCUCCAAUCCGACGUAAAAAAUUUCAGCAAAACCUGAUCAACGUGUACGAAUGUGCUUUCUGUAACGAAUCUCUACAUCACGUUUUUGAAGGAGAAAAACUAGUGGAUUUGGAUUGCGGUCAUACCCUUCAUUUCCAGUGUUUCCAUGAAUUGACCACGCCGCUGCCACUAUUUGACAAAUUCAAUGUUGACGCAAAUACAUACAUUAAACAUCUGAAAAACGAAAUCAUUUGCCCAAGUUGUGGUAAGGAAACAUUCUGUCUCGGUGAAGAUUUAAACUCACACAUCCAGAGUACACAUUUUGCACCAAGUUUUAAUGACCUAGGGAAGAAGGAAAAUGAAAUGACGGCAAUUAUUUCGAAAUUGGAAAAUUUCAAUAGCAUGAAUAUUGUGGCAUCAGAUGUUGUUGGUCUUGCUGAGAGUAAGUCCGAUUUGAUUUUCAAAGGAGAAACGAGCCACCCUCAUGAGAACACAUGUACAAGUAAUGAAAACCCAGUCACUCCUCAAAGCCAAAUUGGUAUCAAAUUUUGGGAACGUGAAGAUGAAGCAAUUUCUCCUCGUGUUUCAGAGUUUGAGACACACUUGAGAAAAAAGAACGUAUCAUUUUUUCAAGAUGAAAUAGUUCUGUCUGAAGUUACUCUGGCCCCCGAAUUUCCUUCCUUCUCAUUUGAUAGUUGUAACAGUACCAUCAAAACUAGUUGUGUUGUACACUUCUCCACAACGGAGUUUGAAAAACCUUUGGAAUCAAAUAAGGAAGAACAACUGAAGGCUCAGAUUAGCAAAAAUAAAAUCACGAAUAUUAUUAUUAAUAAUUUUGAAGACAACAUUCUAGGUCCAUCAAACAUUGAUUUUCUGACCAUAGGCAGUCUCGUAGUAUUUGAUUAUUUUGACGUCAAUAUCAAGACAAACGUGUUUCCCCAUACACAGGUUUUUCUCUUUGAUUCAUGUUUGAUUAUUCUCGACUCUAAGGGAACUCAGCUGCUCCUCUAUCAACAACUUGACGAUCGCACUUUUAUUUCAUCCAUCUAUGAGAAUAACGGUAGCAUUAUCAUUAAUUUGAACUCAAUAAAAUUACCCAGUGUAACAUUAUCGUCAGAAAAUAAAAUCCUUUUACACAAGUGGUACAUAAUACUGGGGAAAUUUUCAGAACAAGUUGAUGUAAGUAAAUCUAUCCCACUAAUACAAGUAUCAACUAAUGCUUGGGAUUUGCUAGAAGAUGCUCCAGAUGAAACUUAUGCAGAUGCUGUGCCCGAAGAUAUCAAAAUUGUUAACAAGUUAACUUCCAAAGGCUUGGAACUGCCGUCCAGAUUUUUAAAACGUCAAAUCCUGCGUCCUGAUUCAAUUCCAAAAGUUCUAGUUGUUGCUAUCCCCUUAGUUAAUGAUGAAGAUUACGGUAUAGAAGAUUAUGAGUUUGCAAGUGCUAUCAAAGACCUGUUGGUUGGUAUUCUGAACUCUUUAAAUGAAAGUGAUAAACUUGGAAUUGUUUUUCUUGGAGAUCACCUCAAGCACCAAUCAAUGAUUGGCAAUUACUACGGGUGCACAGGCAAGGAUUGGGAAGGUUGGCAAAUAGUGUUAGAAUCCAUAACCGCCGAGAUAAUUUCAAGAAGAGAUAAUUCAACUGUAUAUUCUCAAUGUGAUGACGGGAUUCAUUAUAUUGAGGUUCUCUCUAAAUUGAACUUUGUUAAGAAUGAUAAAAAGAAAGAAUCCCCGUUACACGAAAUCAUUUUUAUUUCAAAUGAAAUAAUUUGCGGAGUGGCUAUUACGCCUUCUACCGGAAUUGGAAAACUGUCCUCACCUGUACAAAAUCCCUUUCUGGAGAAGCCAGUAAUAAACGAAAAGAUAGACUUUAACAGAAGAAUAGCCAAACUUUGUGAAGAGUACGAUGUCAAUUUCAGUUUUAUUUUAUUAGCCGACGAAUUUAGAUAUGAACCCUACGAAAUACUGGCAAUGCAUUAUUAUUUGAAAUCACUAGUUUCCAUAAAAGAUAUAGAAACAAAUAAUAAUGAUUAUAAUAACAAGAUCAAACUGUAUAUUGCAUUAGAUUUGGAAAAACUAAAUGAUGUCCUGUUUUCAAAGAUCGAAAAUAUGCAUCACAUAACUGUGAAGUCAUUAGAAACAAGAAUAGAAUUUCCAUCAAAUGUAAAAUUACUAGGUUAUGAGUCUCCCUUAGGAAAGGUCACUAUUAAUGAUAACGACAAUAGCAGUAAUGAUAAUAGCAACAAUUAUCUCAUUAAAUUUAAAAAUCUCAGUUCGGGAUUUGAAAAGUCUUUGCUUUUUAACAUAGAAGUAAAUUAUGAAAAUGUAAAAGUUUCUAGCAACAGCAAAAUCAAUAUUGCAAAUUCGACAAGUAGGAUCAUCACUGAUAACAUAGAAUCUAUGUUUGAAUCACACAUGGAUAUUAAACUACAGAAUGAUAAAGAUAGCCCACUAUGUAAUGAUGUGACCAUCAAUCUGAAUAUUGAAAAAUCAAACAGUAUAGAUUUUAGAGAAGUUAACGCUGGGGAUAAUUUAAAGGUUUCUAUUGUGCCACAACUUUCGGGAGUUAGUGAUGUUUAUUUUAUAAAGAGGAAGAUACAGUCUUUAGUGAUUGAUACAUUGUGGGUAUCAGUUCUGCAAGUUAAAAACUUCGAUUUGGAGGCCAGGGAUAAUGCAAAAGAAUCAAUCACACGUUUAAUAGCUAAAAUCUGGGAGCUCUCAAGCUCGAGUGAAUUAUUGAACUCAGCAAUGGUGUCGAAGAAAGGCGUGGAGCGAUGGACGGAAGUAUUAGUUCAAAGAUUAGAAACUAUUAUCGAUGGAUAUUCGCUUAGAAACUAUCAAUUAUCUAAUUCAAAAUGUGUUGCUUUGUAUUUAGAGUUGGAAUAG